UCAUGGUUAUAAUGGAUAAGGACCCAGUGGAACUGGGCUACAAGAACGUAGGAAAGAAGACGGCUAUGGAUAAAAGGGACUUUGUGGUGUUUGCGGGGUUUCUGAUACUGAUGGAGGGAGUUGGGGCACUUAUGGGGAUGAUGACGGCACCUGGCGGAGCCAUGAGACCGGAUGAUGAUUGGUUCGACAAUCUAGUGAAACCAUCCUGGAACCCCCCUAACUGGGUAUUUGGCCCAGUCUGGACUCUCCUUUAUUUUAUGAUUGCUCUUUCUGCCUUCAAAGUGUACCGGAAAAUCGGUUUCAGUCAGGCCCUUCCUUGGAUGGUGUUCUUCAUCCAGAUAACACUCAACUUUGCCUGGCCUCUAAUCUUCUUUGUGGGACAUCAGCUUCUAGGGGGGUUGAUCGAUAUUCUUCUGAUGCUUGUCUUCAUAAUCCUCAACAUCUCAGUCUUCAUCCCGGUAGAAAAGUCAGCAGGACUCCUCCUCCUACCCUACCUAGCAUGGGUCACCUUCGCCACCUAUCUUAACUACACUCUGUGGAGACUCAACCCUGAUGCAUCUACCUCGCAUUUGUGUUACAUCUUCUCCGAUAAUGUCUUCCUGUGUAACAACUGAUAAGCUUCGUAACUUAAAUAACGUAAUGGUUAAAUAAUCUAGUGGCUGAGGCGUGAGAACUACCCAAGACAAUUACUCGAAUUGAUUACGGUUGCGGAGGUAGCACCAUUUGGGCGAAAUUACCAACUUAAUUACUACAUAUUUCUUGUCUUUUGAUGUAUUAUUAUAACAGCAUUUUUAAAAGCAUUGAGCAAAGCAAAAUCAAAAUAAUCUAUAUUGCGUUAUCAAGAUUAAUGAUUACAA